AUGUUGUGUUCGGCCUCGGUUGUGACGGCACCAUCGAAGAGUCUUGUGGCGACAGCAGCUCACUGUUUAUUCGAUGAUAGUACUCGUACUUGGCACACUAAUUGGAUCUUCGUACCUGCCUAUAACAAACGCGCUGCUCCGCUCGGUAUAUGGCCUGCAAGAUAUGUUACAAUACUUAAUGCAUAUGCGCCCUCAUCGGCUUCAUCCAAAAACUCUAAUUAUGAUGUUGGAUUUGUAGUUGUUAGUCCUGUGAAUACUCGAAAGAUAGCACAAGUGACUGGUAGUCAAGGUAUCAAGUUUAAUGCACCUCGAAAUCAAUUGACUUAUUCAGCUGGUUAUCCCGGUAAUAUAGCGAAUGGUGAAACAAUGAGCAGUUGUACCUUCCAGACGACGGCACCAAGAUGUGGCCCAUCUGGUUAUGUUGGACAAGCAUUACGAUGCAGUAUGACACAAGGAUGCUCGAGUGGCCCUUGGAUAGUGGAUUUUAUUGGUGCAACUGGACUUGCUGGUAAUAUGCUGAAGAUCAAUAAAGGAAAUAUUUUCACACAAGAAGCAGCAGCUAUUUUAAUCAUUGAAUAA